GAAAGAAACACAUGUGUGUGAUACAUGUGAGGCCUCACACGCCUUUCUUUCUUUUUGUCUUUUUGCCACCAAGACAGAUCGGCUUCAUGAGUCGUUUCAUGGUCCAUGACAGCACUUUUUUUGUGUCAAUCGACGUGAAACUUCAAUGAGCGCGGUAAAACAGAUAUCGGACAAAUACGUGAACUCAAACUUGUUACUCCUCGCCGAACAACAGCUGACUUCUCUUCACAUGACUGAGAAAUAGACAGGGCAAGCGUUAAAGGAAUUCUUGUGUCUUUGCGUGAAGACACUCACACGAUGAGGAUGGCGGGAUCAGGGGAGUAGCUCUUGCCCUCGAGGCCAAGAUGGACGCCAGCAAACAUGUGACAACCACUGCAUACGACCGACAGAGACAGCACUAUCCAUAUGCAGCAGGGCAGCAUGUCGCUUUGUGCUGUUCUCUUACAGGAGUGCGCUUCGAAUGUUUCUGUCCCUGUCAUCGACAUCUUUCGCCAGCGUCUGGAAAGACUUCAUUAACGACCAACUCGUAGCACCUGCACCAUACGCAUGUGUCAUUCUCAAGAUAUGCAGAAAAGACGGUCGAUUUGCCCACAACAGCAUAACACCCACCUUGAGUGACGUGCUCGAUGGUCAUCUCACAGUUCUCUCCCAGAGGGUUGUUGUUGAAGAUCACCUGCAAACCACACCUGGGCAACUCGCCCGUCACGUUGCCGCGGUCGUCCAUGCACCUAUACGCAGAGAGACACAACGACAGGCGUGAUGUAGCGAUGCAUCAUUUCCACUCCUUAUCCGUACAGUUUGUGGUUGCCACACGAAGAAGAUAUCGGCAGUUGGACGAGGUCCAGCUUGCGAGACAGGAAGAGGUUCCUCUUGGUGUGUGAGUAAGUCACGGGCUUCUCUCUGCUCUCAUCGAGAGCAGGCAGGGCGGCAAGAUGGUAUGUAAGGGCAUUCUCGUCUGAGUAGUGCUGUGUGUGUCUGCUGAUGGCGCCACUCGUGUUGGAGAAGGGGCAGGGGCCGCAGUCAAACACCAUACUGACGGUGCACGAUGGGUCCACACCAUAAAGCCACUGCAUCAGGUCGGCAUGUGUUAUCACGCGGAAACCUGUGCAUGUGUCGUCGCGUCAGCAGGACAAGGUCGCCCUUCUUGUCAGUGACUUACCAACACCUGCCGGCACAUCGAUCGUCUUUUUGCUUGCAGGUGUUGCCCUCCUGGGCUCCUCGCUCCGCAGCACUGCGCUUCGGUGUUGCCGCACCUCUUCAUCGAAGUCCGAGGGGCAGAAGACGCCCUGCCGCUCCUUGUUCUUGCCCACAGGCAGCAGAGAACCGUGACCAGCGAAUAUCACCGCCAGAUUCUCGCCCGGCCUGACUUCAUUUCGCAUUCUCUCCAGCUCGUGCAUGAUGUUGUGUCGCGUCGGCUGUCUGCUCUCAUCUCCGUCUCCCUCCAUCAGCAGCGUUAUGUCCUCCAGGCGCCAGCCGACGGUGAAUACCAGGUAGGACUUCCAGUUCUGCACGUCGUGGGACGUGCCCCGCAAGAAGCCGCGAGACUUGUUAUAUGAGCAGCCGACGAUGAGGGCCUUGCCUCGCCGCUGGAGCGGGGCGAUGGCGUAUCGUCUCUCCUGGAACUCCUGAACGAAGUGGCCCAGUUGGGGGACGUACUUGAGGCCGUGCCGUCCGGUGCCGAACGGGACGUAGGAUGGAAGCGAUGUAAUGUUCUUCUCGAGCUUUAACUCUUGCUUUUCGAGGAAACGACUGUUGUACUCCUGUGCUUGAAUCUGCGUGAGAAAGAAAAGAACGGGACAUGUGGCGUAAGGGAAAGGGCACGAUCACUCACUCACCAGUAUGUCUUGUUUCUCUUGCAGGUCCUCGACUUUGAUUUGCAGCUUCUUGAGCUUGUCCUCGUACUUGUCCUGCACGGCCUUUCUCUUGUCCGUCGCGGCCUUCCCCAUCGUGGCCAUCUCCUGCCCCACUUGCCGCCAGUAGGCACCCAUGUCGUCCUCACCGAUCCCUGAUGACCCCACUGUGCUGGGCAACUUGUGUUCGGCCUUGAGGCGAGCAACUGUUUCGAACAGGUAAGUGAAAUCUGCCUUCAGUAGCUCGAAAGGCGUCUGUUGAUGGGAGACACGUGUACUUGAAUGAAGAUAGGUGCAGACAAUGAUUUGUGGCCUUACGAUUUCUGGGUGCUGCAUCUGCUGCCGCGAUUGUGCCGUUUGUUUGAUCUUCUCCAGUUCUGCCUUCCUUCUCUUGACAUCCGUCCACAUUUGGUCCUCCAUUAUCUCCAGAGUCGACCUGAGUGUCUUGGACGAUGCUGAAAGCGCCACAACCUUCUCAACCGCACUCACCUGACCGACACAUGGAAUGAGCAAACGCCCUGUCUGUAUGGCCCCAUGCAUUCUUCUUCUUUCCUCACCGCUUCCUCAAUGCUUUUGGUCUCUUCCCUCACUUGAUCCCUCUUGCUGAUCGCCUCAUCGAUGCGGGAGCGGGUGUUGCGCACGAAUUCAGCCUGGAACGGAAAGACAGCCAGGAACACAUGUUCGUGAGCCUGCUUCAGCUGCAUGUAUCUCACCGCCAUGUCGUUUCGUAUGUCGCAUUCGAUCAUUUCUAUCUGUCUGCGUUUGUCCUCUAUGGCAGCCUCGAUGGCCUGACGCUCCUCGUUGACCUUCUUGAUGGCGCUCUCAGUGGAACCCACCUCCGUUUCGAGAGUCGACUGCAGCUGCCUGCAGCGUACACAACAAGCAAGUUAAGUGGUCUGAUUUCGUUGACUGGCUCAUGACAUCCAUAGUGUGUGUACCGUUCGUCAGAUUGUUCGUUUUCCAGUCGUUGCUGUCUCUGCUUGAGCUCCUCCAUGUCCUUCUCAAGCGAUGCAUGCUGGGCCUGCAGCAGACGCUGCUUCUCCUCCUAAUGCGUUCACACAUACAUACGUCAACAACGACAAUGAAGCUGUGUCACGUCUCUUCCUCCUCACCAGGUUUCGUUGUGCUUGUUGAAUGCUGGCUUGGAUCUUGCGGUGCUCGGCCUCCUUCUCGGCGGCAACCCGCUGUGUCCGCGAUAGCUCGUCAUCCAACGCCCACUAGACAGACACCCACACAGAUGAGUAUGUAGAAUUUGCAGGCAGAAAAAAGCAACUGCUUAACCUUGUCUCGUUUCCGUUUGGUCAUGUGGAUUUCCUUCUGGUGCAGGGUCGACACCAGGUCCUUGUACGACUGUGAUGGGCUGCGAUUGGCAAGCGCUUGACGCUCCUGCGAGGGACAAGCCACGCACACAUGUUUGACUCCUUUCUUGUGUUCUCUCGCACGUUGACCUUUUCAAGUGCUUGCUCCAGGCUUUUCUUUGACGUCUCCAGCUCGUUGCGGCGGGAGAUUCUUGCCUUCAGCUUUUGUCCGAGUGAUGCCUUGAGCUCCUCGGCCGCGUCGCGUUCAGUCUCAAGACUUUUCAACUUGCCUCGCAACGACUGAAGAACCAAAUAUACGGAUGGCACCCGUCCGCUGACAAUUCCCAGAUGCAAAUAACCAUUUGCCCACCUGCUGUUCUCCCUCUGCAUUCUGCAGCUGUCUUUUGAGGUCUUCCAGGUCGCGAUCCCUUGACUGCACUUCGCGACGACUCAUAUCAAGACUCCUGUAGGUGAGAACACCCCAAACGGAAAUGAGACGCACGAGGGGUAAACACACUUCCAUUUUCGUGUAAGUGUCGACUCACAUCUCCAGUUCACGCCGUCGAGUUGAGAGAGCACCAACUGUCUGCGAAGGCGAGGCAUGCUUUCAUUCAUUCAACCAUCCAUGCGGGGUGUUCAAAUGCUUUGUUGGCUGUACCGUGACCCUCUGCUGUUCUCCUUCAUCGAUCUGGCGCUUCAACCGCUCAAUCUACAAAGGCAUGGUGACACGAACAGGCACUUAGAACAUCGCGUGUGUCACAGCAUGCUUCACCUCUUGUUCCUUCUCCCUCAUCUUGUCUUCCACAGACAAGAUCUCGGUAUUCAAAUCCUGAUGAGUCAGAACACAUGACGAACAAGACCUGACAAAUGAGGCAGUGCUCCUGACUGACCUCGACUUGCACCACAGCAGCCUGGUUCUGCUGUCUGAGGGCUUCAAUGUCGGCCGUGCGAGCCUGCAUGCACACCACAAAUUCCGUCGGCAGGAAUCGAUGCCAGCACUUCUUCGGUUUCUGUCACCUGAAGGCGCUUGCGACUUUGGUCCAGGUCGCGUCUCGCGGCAUCCCUCUGCUCACGCAUUGAGCGGACCUCCUUCUCGUACUUUUCGAUCUGUCGCCUCUGUUUCGUCAGCGCCUCCUCCGCCCGCUGCAUCCACCAACCAGCCACAUGAUACACUGACCCCAUCUGUCCUCUCUGGGAUGCUCGGCUCACCCUGACUGCUUCGGCCUUGUUUCUGACCAUCUCCUCCAUCUCCUUCCUGCGCUUGUCAUUGUCGGCAAGGCGGCCCUGCAGCGACUGGAUCUCGCUGCUGAGAGACUGCCUCUCCUCUUCUAUCUUGGUGAGCUGCUGCUGCAUGCUCUGCUGAUAGGACACCGACUGGUCGAGGUCCUUCAUCACGGCUGACAGCUCUGCAGGUAAGGGAGAGAGAACACAGAGAGAGACAUGGCUUUGACCGGUUUCGGACGACACAGGUCUUCGGGUGUGUAAGUGUGCGGUCUGGUACCUUCUUUCCUCUUUGCAAUUUGCGCGUCGACAUGUUUGCGUCUGUCCAUGUAGGUGUCCAGCUCCUCGCGGCGGAGACGUGCGCUGCUCUCAAGAGACACCAGCGUGUUGACGUCAUCCUAAAAAACAAACACGGGACAUCGAUCUCGGCACACUAGUUGUCGAUAGAUGCUGGUUACCUGCAGUUCCUUCUGCACACUCUCUGCUUCCCUCUCGAGUGCGUUCAGCUCAUGCUGCAGGGCCUCCUUCUUGGCCCCGCUGUCCGCCAACUUGCCAUCGUAUUCACUAAAGGAAAGAACAUGGAUGCAGAGAGAUGCCCUGUGUCGGCGCCAGCUUCUCACCGGUCCACAUUUGCGCGGAUAUCCCUGAGGUGUUCGUAUUCCCUCGCGAUGUCCUCACCCAGCUUCUUAAGCUGCGACAACAAGUCGGUGCUUUAUGGGCACAGAAAGCUCAGCGCCUUUUCCACGUGCCUUUUCGAGCCGUUCCUUCUGUCUGGCGAUGUCUUCAGGGCUGUUCAGCAGGUCGGGACGCGCCGUGAGCAUGUUUCGCGUGGCCGUUUCGAGCCUCGCUGACUCGCCGCGCAAACGAUUGACCUCGCUCCUGGCGGCCUCCAGGCGCUGCAGGCAGGAACAUUGAUGCAGAAGAGUAAGUGUCCGACAGCCUGCAUGCACACGAUUGUGCGGACCUGUUUGCGAUCCACACGUCUCUGGAAAAAUGCCUGGACACGAGACCUGCAUAAUGGACGCACAAGGCGCCUUGGACACGGGAUCGGUAAAUGGCAAGUGUUGACUUCACUUCAUGUCUUCGACGCGGAUGUCCUUUGCGAUGCUGGCAAGGCUGUCAUCCAUGCUACGAUCUGAUCACUCAUAUGCACACAGCCAUACUGCUGCCAUUUUGUUGGUGUGUCCGCUUGCUUUCUCUUGUGUGCGCACCUCCUGCAGGCACCUCUGCCUUGACCCACCGCCCGCUGUCCCUCUGUUUGUCCGGCCGCUGCAGAUACUCCUUCCAGCUCCUCAAGUUGGACUGGGCAGCGUCGUUGGCCGCUGACUCCCUCUCGUACUCACGUUGACGUGUCUCGCGCUCCCUGCCACACCCAUGCAUACAGACGACCGUAGGCAAGGAUCUUGUGUGCCUUAGUGUCUCACCUUUCUGCUUCCUCAACGGCUGUCUUUUGGUUAUGCAGCUCUUCCUUAAGCGCUGCCACCUUCCUGCGAAUGGCCUUCCUCUGAGAAAAGAAGAAGAACGCAAAGCACUCAAUCCGUGUAUUUUCGGAGCCUUCAGAGGCCUUUCACCUCCUCAACUAUCUUCUUGUGCUCUUCGCUCCCUCGCUCAACUGCGAAAGGACACGAGACGCUUGGCGAAGUGCCAUAUGAAAGUUCAUUCUAUGCGCUAACUGUAAGGCACUCUUGGAGACUUGACGUCGGGCGGCCCCUCGCCAUAAGCACGCUCAACCUGCACGAGGCUUUCCCGCAGUUUCUGCAGCCUCUCGGCCCCACUGUCCGCCAGGGGGUUGUGACGAGCGGGCGGCACGGGGAUUGGCAUCGCGGGAGAGGCGAACUGAAGACACAGCCGUAUGCGGGGCUUCUGCAGGACAACAGACAGACGCAAGGAAAUCACUGUGGUCUCGGUUGCCAGUAUCGCAUCGGUUGCCCACCCUGUCGUCAUAUGGGAGCGUGGCUGAAAGGGAAAAGGAUAGGCAGGGAAUGCGAUACGCUGCCGUAUUGUGUUCGCCCGUGUAGGCUGCAUACUGUGUCUGGCCAGUGCCACAUCCGUGGUGUGGAUGUUGAUCCACUCGUUGAACUCAUUCCCUCGCCGCAGCAGGAUCUCCACGUUCAUGAGCCGCUGAUAGUUGACGCCCGCCACCAUGACGUUGAGCAUAAGGGACGGCAGAGUGUCGUCAUCUUCGGGGAAGGGCAGCAGGAGGCCGCGGACGAACAGGGGGACGGGAGCGUGUUGGCGGCCAAAGGUCACGCUGAUGGUGGCAUUUGUGGUCGGGAAGCCGCUGGUGUCCAACACGGACAAAUACAUGCGGUUGGCGGCCGCCAUUUUCGCAAUCGAACAACGGGCUCGGGGGAGAGAG